AUGCUGGUUCUAAUUUACCUGGUGAUCGCGGUCACGUCGCUGCUGGCGUACCUCUACCACCGCAACUUCAACUACUGGAAGCGCCGGGGAAUCGCCCACGAUGCCCCGCACCCGCUGUACGGGAACAUGGUCGGGUUCCGGAAGAACCGCGUGAUGCACGACAUCUUCUACGACUACUACAACAAGUUCCGCCGGAGCGGCAACCCCUUCGUGGGCUUCUACUUCCUGCACAAGCCGGCCGCCUUUAUCGUGGACCCCAAGCUGGCCAAGAACAUCCUGAUCAAGGACUUCUCGAACUUCGCCGACCGCGGCCAGUUUCACAACGGGCGUGACGACCCGCUCACCCAGCACCUCUUCAAUUUGGACGGCAAGAAGUGGAGGGACAUGCGGCAGCGGCUCUCGCCCACCUUCACCUCGGGCAAGAUGAAGUACAUGUUCCCCACGGUGAUCAAGGUGUCCGAGGAGUUCGUCAAGGUGAUGACGGAGCAGGUGCCUGCCACCCCGAACGGAGCGGUGCUGGAGAUCAAGGACCUGAUGGCCCGCUUCACCACCGACGUGAUCGGCACCUGCGCCUUCGGCAUCGAGUGCAACACGCUGCGCCAUCCGGUGUCCGACUUCAGGACCAUGGGCCAGAAGGUGUUCACCGAGCUGCGGCACGGCGCCCUGCUGACCCUGUUCACCUUCAGCUUCCCCGACCUCGCCCAGAAGCUGCGCAUGCGCAUGGUGCCCGAGGAUGUGCACCAGUUCUUCAUGCGGCUGGUGAACGACACGAUCGCGCUGCGGGAGCGGGAGAACUUCAAGCGGAACGACUUCAUGAACCUGCUGAUCGAGCUGAAGCAGAAGGGCAGCGUCACCCUGGAGAACGGCGAGGUGAUCGAGGGCAUGGACAUCGGCGAGCUGGCCGCCCAGGUGUUCGUCUUCUACGUGGCCGGCUUCGAGACCUCCUCCUCGACCAUGAGCUACUGCCUCUACGAGCUGGCCCAGAACCAGGGCAUCCAGGACAAGCUGCGGAGCGAGAUCCAGUCGGUGCUGGAGGAGCACGAGGGCCAGCUGACCUACGAGUCCAUCAAGGCCAUGGGCUACCUGAACCAGGUUAUCUCAGAAACCCUAAGGCUGUACACCCUGGUGCCUCAACUGGAGAGGCGGGCCCUCAACGACUACGUGGUGCCCGGCCACCCCGAGUUCGUGAUCGAGAAGGGCACCCAGGUCGUGAUCCCCGCCUGCGCCUACCACCGCGACGAGGACCUGUACCCGGACCCCGAGACCUUCGACCCGGACCGCUUCUCGCCGGACAAGGUGGCCGCCCGCGACUCCGUGGAGUGGCUGCCCUUCGGCGACGGACCGCGCAACUGCAUCGGAAUGCGGUUCGGCCAGAUGCAGGUCCGCGUGGGCCUGGCCCAGAUCCUCAGCAGGUUCAAGCUGUCCGUGUGCGACCAGACGGAGAUCCCUCUGACCUACUCCCCCAUGUCCUUAGUGCUGGGAACAGUGGGGGGCAUCUACCUCCGGUUGGAGCGCAUCUGAUCUGCAUUUCUGUUACCAUUGUAAAUACUUUGAUAGUGAUAUAGAGUUUAGUUUACAUAGUUUGUUAUGAAUGACAAGAACGAACUCCAUGAGUUAUUAAAUACAACAUUCGUGCUUCAAUUCAAUGGAAUAAGGCUUUUUAAGAGAAUAAGGUCUAUAUUGCGACCUAUGGUACUAUUCCAAUAUUAAUAAAAAUGUAAUAACUGCUUAAGACAAAGAAAAAGAUGCAAUAAUACUCAACAUUA